CGCCCGCAGCCGCGAUCGGGGAGCCGGGAGCCGGGAGCCGGAGCGCGGCUCCGCCAUGCCGAAACACGAGUUCUUUGUGGACAUGACCUGUGAGGGCUGUUCCAAUGCAGUCACCCGUGUCCUGCACAGGCUGGGAGGUGUCAACUUUGAUAUUGACCUGCCUAACAAGAAGGUGUACAUUGACUCAGAGCACAACGUUGACACCCUGUUGGAAACCCUCAAGAAGACUGGAAAGAAUGCUUCCUACCUUGGGGAGAAGUCUGCACAGUAGCCUUGCCUGGUGUGAGGAGCUAGGAACUCAAUCAUGACUUCAGCAAAAAGAUGGCUUAACUGUCUGCAUGUGUCCCAGCUUGCUGUGUCAUUCGACCUUUGCCAGAUGUUGGAAAGCAGAGGGCUGGCAGGAGGAGACAGCUGAGCCUUGGGCUCCAGAAGUGAGAGGUCUGGGGGAGGUUGUGUGGUGUUUCUAGUCCCACAGUAAAUCAAGGCACUGCUUUUAACUUUC